AUGGUCAAACCCCGACAAGGCAAGUAUCUACUCGAGGGCGUCUUCAGCAUCGACGGUGAUUAUCACCACGUUGCACUCAACUCCAAUUUUCGAACUUCACAGCUUUCACCGGAUUAUGUCCUCCCCAAGAUCGAUUCGCCGCAUAUGAUAGUCUGGAAGGAAUCAGAGGUUAUGAAUGACGGAAGAAUGCUUCCACGAUCGGCUACCAACGAUUCGCUCUGCCUAUCGGAGAAUUACAGUCUCCGUCAGCCCUCCUUCCCGCUCGACUCGAGAUUUGUGGACAAACACACGCACGACGGCCUUCAUGCUCAUCUCCGCCGACAGAAUGGCUGGUUUGAUCCGGUAGACGUUAUUGGAUCGACGGAUGGGUGUCCUUCUGAAAGACUGGUGGCGAUGAUCGGAGUCGCAACAGAUUGCACAUACACGGCAGAGUUCGAAUCGGUGAACGAUGCUCGGGAGAACAUCAUCUCGCAAAUCAACGUCGCCUCCCAAGUCUACGAAGAUACGUUCAACAUCGCGCUAGCAAUUCGAAACUUGACCAUCAGCGACGCUUCUUCGACUCGGCCUGUUCACCCAAUGGAGGGCUCAAUACCGGGACAGCAACGCCGCAUGGACCCUGUUGACCGCCUGCAACAGUGGUUCAACCGUUGGAAUAGCCUGGAUUGGCAACACCUGCGGUUCUGGGUCGAGCUCCUCUCGCAGAGGCAGAGAAGCGUCCACCAACGUCGUCGUCCGAACCAAUGCUGA